AUGUCGUCGAAGUCAACUGUUCCCACACAGAGUGAGAUCACUCUCGUGCCUGAGAACCUCCUCAAGAAGAGGAAGUCUCAGGAGAAGGCUCGUGAGGAGCGCGCGAUCGCAACACGCGAGAAGCGAGACAAGAGCAAGAAGAAGCGCGAGGUCAUCUUCACGAGAGCCGAGAAGUAUGUGAAGGAGUACCGCGAUGCCGAGCGGGAGCGCGUGCGCUUGUCGCGCGAGGCCAAGAAGAGCGAUAGCCUAUACGUCCCCGCCGAGCCCAAACUCGCCUUCGUCGUCCGGAUAAAGGGUAUCAACAAGAUUGAUCCCAAGAAGCGCAAGACACUGCAGCUUCUGCGGUUACUUCAGAUCAACAAUGGCGUCUUCGUCAAGCUUACCAAGGCGACUAUGGAGAUGCUGAAGAUUGUUGAGCCCUUCGUUGCUUAUGGCUACCCGAACCAGAAGUCGGUUCGUGAGCUCAUCUACAGUAAGUUCGGUACAGAUGCAAGUUUACUGCCAGAUAUUAACUGGGAUACAGAGCGUGGCUAUGGCAAGGUCGACAAGCAACGCCUUCCUCUGACGGACAACGAGAUCAUCGAAGAGAACCUUGGCAAAUACGGCAUGAUCUGUAUGGAAGACCUCAUCCAUGAGAUCUGCACCGUUGGGCCGAACUUUAAGGCUGCUUCGAACUUCCUCUGGCCGUUCAAGCUUAACAGCCCUACUGGUGGCUUCCGCAAGAGGAAGUUCAAGCACUUCAUCGAAGGUGGUGACUUGGGCAACCGGGAAGACAAGAUCAACGAAUUGAUCAGGCAGAUGAAUUAG